AAGAAAACAAUGAGUAGUGCAACCAAUUUAAGUGUGUUUACUUUAUCAGGAUUAAAUGACACAACAACAAAGCAGAGAGUCACUCUUUUCUCUUUCACCUUGUUGUGUUAUAUUCUGAUUGUGCUUGUUAAUGGUGCUCUUAUUGUCACCAUUAUAUUGGAGGAGAAACUUCAUGAGCCCAUGUACGUCUUCCUAUGUAACUUGUGCAUUAAUAGUGUUUAUGGGACAACAGCGUUUUACCCCAAAUUUCUUUUUGAUCUGUUGUCUAACACUCACGUCAUAUCAUAUGCUGGUUGCCUGUUGCAGGUCUUUGUUAUAUACUCAUAUGCAGCGACAGAGUUUUCUAUUCUAGCCCUGAUGGCCUAUGACAGAUAUGUGGCUAUAUGUCGACCACUGGAGUAUUACGCUGUUAUGACUAAACAUAGGGUUGUUGUUUUAGUGUGUUUAUCCAUACUUGUACCUUUCCUCUGUCAGACUAUUGUAAUGAUAAUGACCUCUCAGCUGGAAUUAUGUGGCUCCCGAAUAGAAAAACUGUACUGUGAGAAUUGGUCAAUCCUCAAGCUCUCAUGCAAUUCAAUAACAACAAAUAAUAUUGUUGGAUUUAUUGUAAUAUUUUUCUAUUUAGGGCAUGAUCUUUUCAUUUUCUGUUCAUAUGUGUAUCUGAUAAAAUCCAUUUUAAAGUCAGGAGAGGGGAGGAAGAAAUUUAUGCAGACAUGUGUGCCACAUUUAUUAUGUUUGCUCAAUGUCUCAGCUGCUCUGCUGUUCGACCUCAUGUACGCUAGAUAUGGAUCAAGCUCUGUAUCGCAAAGCGUUAAGAACUUCAUGGCCAUACAAUUUCUCAUGUUUCCCCCUAUUUUCAACCCAAUUAUUUAUGGACUCAAACUGACUCACGUUCGCAAGAUUUUUUUAAGUUUGUUUACAGACAAAAACCGGGUUAAAGGAUUAGGCUGA